AGGCAGGCCGUUGAUUUAUACGGUGUCGUUCUAUUGUAUCUGUUCUGUCUGUCUGGACUUAGCAGUUGGAAACGAUGUUGCGUGUAUAUGGUGUUGGUGAAUUUAUAGGAUUUUUAAGAAGCACGAAAAGUGGUGUCAAAAAGCAGUUUGUUUUCAGUUUCAGAUCCAAUCUUGAGUUAUAAAAUCUUCUGUCUUGUUUUAUUUCUAACUAUAAACACAUUUCAGUAGUCUCAAAAGUCACCUUUUUGUCUAUAUUUUCUUCCAGAAAUUUAAUUGUCAUCUGGGUGAUUUUUGAAAGCAAAGGUUGAAUUAUUUGAUAGGAGAUGAAGAAUCUGUUGUCUGCUGAACUUUUGACAGGAGAUUGAACAAAUUUGGCCAUGUUCCGGUCACCACGGAGUAGAAACCAGAGAUCAAAAGGUUUCAAGGUGAAGCAUGCGUUACAACUAUGUCUUUUGCUUGGUGUCAGCAUCUGGCUGUUUUACCAGGUUCAGCACUCUCAGGACAAGAAAUCGGCAUUUGAGGAUAGCGCGAAAGCUGACAAUGAGGUCAUAAAGUUGGGCCGGAAGGACUUCCCUCGAGGGGAGGACCCGUCAAUUAAAGAUGCAACGCCCAAGGAGGGUGAAGAACCGAGGACACCUGAGAAGAGUAACAAUGUUGGGAAAGGGGCUUCAGAUGAUGAGGUAAAUGAUCAGGAUCAUGAUAAGAAUGAGCAGGACAGUGAGAAUAGAGAAGACACAAUUGAUGAAGAGAAGGAUAGGGAAGACAACAGCAAUGGGAGUGAAGAAAGCAAAGAAAGUAACAUUGAAGAGCUCAAGGAGAAGGAUAGCAAAGACGAGAGUGAAGAGAACAAAGAGAAUAACAUUGACGAGAGCAAGGAGAAUGAAGAGAGUAAGGACAAUAAAGUCGAGGAGAACAAGGUGAAGGAAAGUGAAGGGAGCAAAGAGAAUAACAGUGAGGAGAACAAAGAGAGUGAAGAGAAUAAUAUUGAAGAUAACAAGAAGAAGGAGAGUGAAGCGCGCAACAUAGGAGAGAACAAGGAGAGUGAAGAAGGCAAAGAGAAUAAGAUCGAAAAGAACAAGAAGAGUGAAGAGGGCAAGAAUAAGAUUCUAGAGACAAAGGAGAGUGAAAAGAACAAUGAGAAUAACAUUGAAAUGAGCAAAGAGAAUGAAGAGAGUAAAGACAAUAAAGUCAUGGAGAACAAGGAGAAGGAAAGUGAAGGGAGCAAAAAGAAAAACAGUGACAUAAACAAAGAGAGCGAGGAGAAUAAGAUUGAAGAUAACAAGGAGAAGGGGAGUGAAAACAUUGGAGGGAAUAAGGAGAAGGAGAGUAAAGAGAGCAACAUAGGAGAGAACAAGGAGAGUGAAGAAGGCAAGGAGAAUAUGAUCAAAAAGAACAAGAAGAGUGAAGAGAGCAAGAAUAAGAUUCUAGUCAGACAUGAGAGUGAAGAGAUUAAAGAGAAUAACAUUGAAGAGAGCAAGGAGAAGGAUAGCAAAGACAAGAAGAGUAAAGAAAGCAAAGAGACUGGUGGUGAAGAUAAGGCAAAUGAUGAGAAGAAAAAUGCGGAGGAGAUUCACGAAAAAGAGACCAAGGAGACUGGAAAAGAGGAUGCAACUACAUCAAAACAGCAGUUCCACGAUGAAAAUGGUAAUAACAAUGAGGAAGCAAGGGAGAAACAUAACAAGGGGGAUGAUGCUUCCAGUGAAGUAGGCCAAACUCAAAAUGUGAAAGCUGAAAAUGUUCAAGGAGAUCAACUGAAUGUUCAUGAGGUGGCGCACCAAGGAAAAGAAAAUAAGGAAAUUCAGCAGGGCAAGAAACAGAAGAGCACCAAAGGUGAUCACCAAGAUGGCUUGGUCUCAAAUGUGCAAGAAACUGGAACUGUGGAGGAGAACAAUUCUACAAAAAAGGCAUCCAGUGGUGAUACAACUCAGAAUCAAAAUGAAACAAUGAAUAACAGUUCUAAGGGAGACGGCUCUACCCAAGAAAAUGUUGUUCUACAGCAAUCUGAGAAACCAUACUCCGAUACCAAUGGUGUGCAGACAGAUAUGAAAGCAACACAUGGUACAAUCGAGACUGAAGGUUCAACUAAUGGAAAGUCCAAAGAUUCAUCUAAUAACGCUGAAACUAGACAGACUAAUGACUCCAACUCAUCAACUGGAACAGAGAACAAUGUUCACGAGGAGACAAAAGAAAAUGUUUUACAGUUACACACAAAUAACAAUGGAGAUGCUGGCCAGAAGAAUGAAGAAGUUGAUUCCUCAAACCAUCAAGAGAACAAUACAUCAGCAAAUAAUGAUGGCAAUUCAUCUCAGAAGGAACAAAAUGGUUCUUCAAACUCUGAAGAGAAAGUCAAUUUCUCAAACACAGAUUCAGGCCAGAAUUGGAUGGAAAAUGCUACCCAGAACACAAAUGACCAUCCAGAAGCAGGACAAAAAGAGACAUUAACAAACACAGAUGGCAACACCAAUACCACCCAGAAUGACUCUUUGAUUACUCAAGGAGGAAAAGAGAAUCGCAUUGAUCGAACUUUGCCUGAGACUGGAACUGCAGUGAACAAUGGUGAAAAUGCAGCAGCAGCGUAAAAUUUUUGAUAAGUUGUGUUCUACUGUAUGUUACACGAUUAUUCAUUGAGUUUCAUUCCUUGUGCUUCAUGAGGUGACUGGGCUAGCUUGUAAUGUUUUUUGCCACAUCCUAUGUCAAAAUCCUUUUAUUGAGUAGUGAUUGAUAAUUCAUUCGGUGGUUAAAGUA